GGGCUUGAUUGGGCUGUUUGGAGUGUGUUACAUACAGACUGGAAAGUCAUCUUCAUAGUCUUUGAACCUUUUGUGUAUAUAUAGAUAUAUAUAUUCUUCACUCUGUUGAUUUCAAGAUGAAUGUGCAGCCUUGUGCUAGAUGCGGCUUUGGGGUUUACUCUGCUGAGAAGAUUAACUGUAUAGAUCAGACAUGGCACAAAGCCUGUUUUCACUGUGAAGUCUGCAAGAUGAUGCUAACUGUAAAUAACUUUAUCAGCUAUCAGAAAAAGCCUUACUGUCAAGCACAUAACCCAAAAAACAAUACAUUCACAAGCAUAUAUGAGACACCAGUAAAUAUAAACGUGAAGAAACAAUCAGAAGCAGGAAGUGAGAUUAAAUAUCGAGAAGAGGGGGAACGAUUCAAAUCGUUUUUUCACUGGGAUGUGGCAUCCAGAGAUAUGGAAGCGGCCCAUAGAGUUCAACAGCUGGCCAGACAGAAAGCCUUCCAAGCUGCAUAUGAGGAAAACAAAUCCUGGUAUUCUGGAACCAUCCCAGAUCCUGAAACGGUCAGGAUAGCUCAGGCACAGAAGACUCUCGGUGAUUUGAAAUACACAGAAGAAUAUGAACAACAGAAAGGCAAAGGCAGUUUUCCAGCCAUGAUGACUCCAGCUUACCAGAUAGCUAAGAAAGCCACUCAGCUAAGCAGUGAAGUGGCAUAUAAGCGAGGACAUGAAGACAGAGUUUCCAGCUAUACCACUGUCGUAGACACUCCAGAUCUACUGCAUGCAACGGCUGGAGGGAAGCUUAUGAGUGAUCUGAAAUACACAGGAGAAUAUGAACAGCAGAGAGGGAAAGGCAGCUUUCCUGCUAUGAUCACUCCAGCUUAUCAGAUAGCCAAGAAAGCUAAUGAACUAGCCAGUGAUGUGAGGUAUCAUCAAAAAUAUGAAAAAGAGAUGAAGGGAAAAGCCAGCCAUGCAACUGGAACAGAUGAUGCUUUCACAAAAGAAAAUAUAGAUCACUUUAGCCAGGAUUAUAUGGAUGAAUAUGAAGAGCACAGAGGGAAAGGAAGCUUUCCUGCUAUGAUCACUCCAGCUUAUCAAAAUGCCAAGAAAGCAAAUGAACUGGCAAGUGACAUAAAAUACAAAAAGGAUCAUUCAAAGAUGAAAGGGGCAGCCCACUUCCAUUCUCUUUCAGCCGAAGACAACUUAGUUCUUAAACAAGCCCAGAAUGUCAACAAGCUUGUCAGUGAGGUGAAGUACAAGAAGGAUCUGGAAAAGAGUAAAGGCCACAGUAUUAACUACUGUGAGACUCCCCAGUUCAAGAAUGUGAGCAAGAUCUCAAAAUACACCAGUGAUCUUAAAUACAGAGAAAAAUACCAGAAUCAAAUGAAAGGUCAUUAUGAAGGCAUUGGCAUGGACAGGCGCACUCUGCAUGCUAUGAAGGUUGGCAGCUUGGCAAGCAAUAUAGCCUAUAAAUCUGAUUACAAGCACGACAAUGUUGACUACAAUUACCCAGCUACACUCACUCCUUCAUAUCAAACAACAAGGAAGUUGGCUCCUUUGAAAGAUGUAAACUAUAGACAAAGCAUAGACAAGCUGAAGUACAGCUCUGUUACCAGCACUCCACAAAUCAUUCAAGCCAAAAUAAACUCACAACAGCUCAGUGAUUUGACUUACCGAGCCCAGUAUGAGAAAACCAAAAUGAAUUACACUCUACCACAGGACGUUCCUCAGUUAGUCAAGGCGAAAGCCAACGCUGAGCUAUACAGUGAGAUUAAGUACAAAGAAGGUUGGGAGAAGACCAAGGGUCGGGGCUUUGAAAUGAAUCUGGAUUCCAUGUCUUUACUUGCUGCCAAAGCCUCAAGGGAUCUUGCCAGUGAUAUUAAAUACAAAGAAGAAUAUGAAAAGACAAAAGGCAAAGCAAUUGGAAACAAAGAUUCAAGACUUCUGCACUCUUUGCAAGUGGCCAAGAUGAGUAGUGAGAUUGCUUAUAAAAAAGGUUUUGAGGAGAGUAAGAGACAUUUCCAUUUGCCCAUGGACAUGGUAAACCUGAAGCAUGCCAAGAAAGCCCAGGCUUUGGCUAGUGACCUUGAAUAUAGGAAGAAACUCCAUGAGUACACAGUGGUUCCAGAAGACAUGAAGACAAAGUGGGCCAAGAAGGCCUAUGGACUUCAGAGUGAGCUGCAGUACAGGGCAGAUCUGACAUGGAUGAAAGGAGUUGGAUGGAUGACAGAAGGGAGUGUUAAUAUAGAACAAGCCAAAAAAGCAGGAGAUCUUGUUAGCGAGAGAAAGUACAGACAGAAAGCCGAUGCUCUAAAGUUCACCAGUGUGGCCGACAGUUCCCAGAUCAAACACGCGAAGAAAAGCCAGGAACUGCAGAGUGAUGUUGCAUACAAGUCGGGAAAAGAGCAGUUUCUUCAUCAUUACACCAUCAGCAAAGACGAACCUCUCUUCAUACAGGCCAGAGCAAAUGCUGCAAAUAUUAGUGAGAAAUUGUACAAGAGUAGCUGGGAGAAGCAGAAGGAAAAAGGAUUUGAACUUCGUCUUGAUGCACUGUCUUUCUUGACAGCUAAGGCAAAGAGGGAUCUGGCAAGUGAUAUAAAGUAUAAGGAAAGUUAUGAGAAGACCAAGGGUAAAUUGAUUGGAGUGAAAGACGUGAAAGCAGACUCACAGAUAGCGCAUUCUCUCCAAAUGUCCAAGUUACAGAGUGAUCUGGAGUAUAAGAAGGCAUCUGAGGACACAAAGUCUCAGUUUCAUGUCUCCAUGGAUAUGAUAAACCUUGUCCAUGCCAAAAAGGCUCAGAAUUUGAUCACAGAUAGAGGAUAUAAGACAACCCUGCAUUGUUAUACUGCUCUGCCUACUGACAUGAAAGUGGAAUGGGCCAAGAAGGCCUAUGGUUUGCAAAGUGAUAACCAAUACAGAGCAGAUUUGAACUGGAUGAAAGGAGUUGGAUGGAUAGCUACUGGGUCAUUAAAUGUGGAGCAGGCUAAGAAGGCAGGAGAACUCAUUAGCGAGAAGAAGUACCGUCAGCAUCCAUGUGCUUUGAAGUUUACCAGUAUUAAAGACACUCCUGAGAUGAUCCAGGCUAGAAUUAGUUAUAACCAGGCUGUGGAUAGGCUGUACAAGGAGCACGGAGAGAACAUAAAGCAUCAUUAUACACAAACAGCAGAUCUUCCUGAAAUCCUUCAGGCUAAAUUAAAUGCUUUGAAUAUCAGUGAGACUCACUACAAAGAAUCCUGGAGUAAGAUAAGAGAUGGUGGAUAUAAACUGAAAUUGGAUGCCAUUCCCUUCCAGGCAGCAAAGGCUUCAAGUGAAAUCAUAAGUGAUUACAAAUACAAGGAGGCAUUUGAGAAAAUGAAAGGACAGAUGGUUGGCUCACAGGGCUUGGAAGAUGAUCUUAACGUUGCUCACUCAGUGCAUGCAGCUUUGCUACAAAGUGAUGUAAAAUACAAAAAAGGUUUUGAGCAUAUGAAGACCCAGUUCCAUCUGCCACUGGAUAUGGUAAACUUAGUGCAUGCCCGGCAAGCCCAGUCAUUGGUCAGCGAUCAGGAAUACAGAAAACUACUUCACCAGUACACCUCUGUGACGGAUGAUGUGAGAUUGCAGUGUGCUAAGAAAGCUUAUAAACUCCAGAGUGAGCAUUUGUACAGGUCUGACAUGAACUUUAUGAAAGGAGUUGGCUGUAUUACUCCAGGGGCCCUAGAGAUUGAAGGAAAGAAGAAAGCUUCUGAACUCAUCAGCGAGAGUAAAUAUCGUCAGCAGCCACAUUCCUUCAAGUACACUUCGGUGACAGACUCUCCUGGCCUCCUUCAUGCAAAAUUCAGCAACAUGAUUGCUAAUGAGCGCCUGUAUAAAGCAGCUGGAGAAGACAUUCUGCAUCACUGCACACUAACCCUAGGUCUGCCUGAGUUUUCACGGGCAAGAAUAAAUGCAGCUAAUCUCAGUGAUGCAAAGUACAGAGAGUCUUGGCAUAAUCUGUGUGCUCAAGGCUACAAGCUGACAAUGGAAGCGAUCCCUUUCCAGACUGCCAAGGCCUCCAGAGAAAUUGCCAGUGAUUGUCAAUACAAGCACAACUUUGUGAUGGAAAGAGGAAAGCACAUCGGUGCCAGAAGCAUUGUGGAUGACACCAGGUUGCUACACUGCUUCCAUGCUGGGAAGUUGCAAAGCGAACAGGAGUAUAAGAAAGGGUCCCAGGAGAUCUGGUCUCAGUACCAUCUGCCCAUGGACAUGGUGAAUCUAGUCCAUGCUAGGAAGGCCCAGGCCUUAGUGAGCGAGCAAGAUUAUAGGAAAAGAUUCCAUGUGUAUACAGCACUACCUGAAGACUUGAAGAUGCAGUGGGCAAAGAGAGCCCACAUGCUACAGAGUGAGUCUCGCUAUAAAGCAGACCUGAACUUCAUGAAAGGGGUUGGUUGGCUGGCUCUAAGAUCUCCACAGAUAGAAAAUGUAAAGAAGGCUGGAGAGCUCAUCAGUGAGGCAAAGUAUCGUCAGAAGCCAGGGAGUAUGAAGUUCACCACAGUGGUUGACUCUCCGGACCUUAUCCACGCUAAGCAUAGCUACAUCCAGUGCAGUGAUAGGCUGUACAGAUCUGGAGACUCUGCUGCAAUGCACAGAUACACCCUGCCUCCUGACCACCCAGAUUUUGUCAGAGCCCGCCUGAAUGCACUUCAUAUCAGUGAUAAAAUGUAUAAAACAGCCUGGGAACAGACAAGGGCAGCUGGCUAUGAUUUUAGGUUGGAUGCCAUCCCAUUCCAGACAGCUAAAGCUUCAAGAGAAAUUGCCAGUGAUUUCAGGUACAAAGAGGCCUUCCUGAGGGAUAAAGGCCAACAGAUCGGAUUCCGUAAUGUGAAUGACGAUCCCAAAAUGAGGCACUUCAUCAGGGUGGGAAAACUCCAGAGCGACAACCAAUACAAGAAGGAGUUUGCCCAAAACAGGACACAGUUCACGAGUCACAUGAAUCAGCCCAGAUUCAUCCAUGCUAAGAAGAGCCAGCAGCUAAUCAGCAAUGUAAACUACAAACAGCCCCUGCCCCAGUACACUUGUGAUCCUGAGCAGCUGAAUCUGAAGCAUGCAAAACAGGCCUACAAACUCCAGAGUGAUGUCAAAUACAAGUCUGACUUGAACUGGAUCAGAGGCAUUGGCUGGACUCCCCCAGGCUCUUAUAAAGUGGAAAUGGCAAGAAGAGCUGCGGAGCUGGCCUAUGCUCAGGGAAUGGCACCUCAGGGUACUUAUGGCCAAUAUGAACACGGAGUGGAGCGGGUAGAGGCAGGAGGAUCCCAGCAGGUCAGCGUCAACCCUGAUGCUUCAGAAAUUCUGCAAGUCAAGCGGAGGAAAAUGCAGCUGUUUAAGAAAUGAAUAGAAAGAUGAGGCAGCACUGCAGCUUACAUGAAAACGUUUCGCUUUUUCAGCUUGUCCUGUCGCUUUCCUGACUAAGGAGCACAGUAGAUGGCAUCUAAGAACUGUAUUGGUGUAUUUCCGUUUCUUUUAAAAAAUAACAACCACACAGACCCUGCAAUUUAAUAUUGAUCUUUAUAUUUUUGGGGGGAUACUUUAAGACAAGUGAUUUAUAAGUGUAUGUAAUACAAAGUAUGGUAUUUAUUUAUGGCUGUCAAUGAAAUUAGUACUAGAUGACUGGCAGGCUCAGCUUUGUACUAAAGAUUAAUAAGCCCUGAUUUGUAGAAUGUAAAAUCAUUUGUAUUGAAUAAAUCAAAUGCAGUUGUUUCCAUAAAUGAUACCUUUAGAUAUUUUAGAAUUGGUUCCUGGUUUAUUGGCACCUUGACAUUAAAGGACACAAGAUAAGGCUUUAAAAAUCUCUUGGCGGGUGAAUAUGCACAAGGCAAGGGCUGAUGGAAGUUAAAUUAGCAUUGAUUAAUUGGGUCGUAUUCUUUAAGGGACUUCAGAGGAGUGAUCCCUGAUUGACAGAGAUCACAAUUAGUACCUGAGGCUUCUGCUGAAGAGGGUGGUUCGAAGUUAUUGCAAUGGGAAUAGCUUGUGAUGGAUUAUGGGGCUGUUUAUAGACCAUCCCAACGGCAUGAGGUUUAAAACAGGGGUUCUCAAACUGGGGGUUGGGACCCCUCAUCAGGGGGUCACGAGGUUAUUACAUGGGGGGGUCAC